UACAAGCAAGAGAAUGGCCAGACUGGUUCGAGCUGAUAGAAAGGCAACAGUAACUCAAAUAACCACCCGUUACAGCCGAGGUAUGCAGAAGAGCAUCUCUGAACGCAUCUCUAAUGAAGUGGCCGGUGAGUGUGUGUAUAUAUAUAUAUAUAUAUAUAUAUAUAUAUAUAUGUGUGUGUAUAUAUAUAUAUAUCCUGUACUUAAUAGGUGUGCAGACAUGUUUGUGAAUUAAUAUCCCGGUAAAACCACCUACUUUGCAGAAUGGCAACUUUUGUAGCUUACAAAAGCUUGAUUUCACAGUAUGACAGAAAAAACGAAAUUCAGGGAAAAAUUUUAAUUGACAGUAGGAGUUGACAAUGCUUAUUUAUGUAUAUUUUUCACUUUAUUCAGAGGGCUACAGACAGAGAUGGAGUCCUUUACUUUGCUAAAGAGUAUAAUGGCAGUGCAUCAUCUCAGAUUUUACCUGUAAUCCCAUUGUUCCGAUCCAGUUCCAGAAUCACUUGCUCUGAUAUCCUGAAAUUACUUGUUAAUUGACUUACGGAAAUUGGGGAUCUGAUUUGGGUCCCUAAGCUUGUCGAUUUUACCAACAACCAAAGAAAUUGUCCUGACAGAGUAAAUGUAGUUAAUGAGUUCCCCAGGUUCAUUUCCAUGGCAAUCACACAGAGCAAGAUGUACAAAAGGAGAGUGAUUGCUCCUCUACUGUAAACAUGAAACCAAGCUGGACAAACUGGAGAAAACGUUUUUUAAACCUUAUUCUCUGCUAAGGUGAUUGUGGUGAGUAAGGACUAAGGAUUCUUCCCCUUUUGAAGUCAUAUUAUUUGUCAGAUUACCAUUUUUCAUAAUUGUAUCAUUUGUUUCAGAGCUUAGAUCUGAAAAUGUAUACCCUUACUCACAUUUAACUUUGGAGAUGUUUACCAACUAUUUAUUUCUUAUUUAUUUAUUUAUUUAUUUUUAAAUUAGUAUUUACAUGGUUAGAGUCAAAUCAAAUGUCCUAGCACCUAUGUCCUAGCACUUACCUCUGUGCAUCAUAUAUGGUAUAGUCUAAUUCAUGAUGUGUUCUGGCGGGGCUGUCUUCAACUAAAGAAAACUGGGUGUAACUGGCAUUUUUUAAAAUUAAAGAACACUUUUAUGCCGUAUGCUUUUAAAAGCCCUUUCGGCAAAAACCAGAAAAACAAUAUCGCUAUAAAUACGCUUUUAAAAGCCCAUUCUUCAAAGCCAGAAACAUAGCAACAACAUUGCAAUAAAUAACAUAAAUUACAAAAAUGUUGUUUGUUCAAAAAGCGUUACAUAAAUGAACAUCAAUACAGGUAUAAACAAGUAAAGAAAAACACAGAUAAAUGGGGAGGCAGUGAAUUGUUUUUAGACCUGCUAAAAGUAGUAACUGCGCGAAUCCGAUCAUAUUGCAGAGUGCGCCUGACAAUUCCUGUACUUCUACUCAGAACAGUGGGUUGCCUUAGGUCGUGCGCGAACGUCAGAGUCGGAAAGGAAUGGUUCAACUAAACAAUCGACUGACCGCCUAAAGGAAGACAAAGAAAAGCAAAAGUAAAGCAAUAAAUAGAAGAAUUAAACACAUCUGCUAUGAACUCCCUGAAUUCCACCCUCCCUCUAAAUACAACUUUUGUGAGUCCCCCAUUUUUUUUCCUUACUGGUUUGAAUAACAUGCGCCAUGCCAAAUACUACUAUGUUUUCCUGUCCUUUAUUUUUGUGGUCUCUGUUUUGGGAAACUCCUUUGUCAUGUUUAUUAUAUACACAGAACGCAGUUUUCACACACCAAAGUAUAUGGCUGUUUUCAAUUUGGCUGUAGCUGACUUGGGUGAAAGUACUGCUCUUAUUCCAAAUUUAAUUGCAAUGUUUCUUUUUGAUUCACAAUACAUCUCCUUUGACGCUUGCAUGGCAAACAUGUUUUUUGUGUUUUUCUUUACCUGUUUGCAGUCUCUCAGUCUUACCCUUAUGGCCUAUGAUAGAUUGGUGGCAAUAUGCUUGCCACUGAGAUACCAUGCCGUCAUCACAAUGCAAGCGAUGGCUGUGAUAUUAACAGUGGUGUGGGCAUAUGAUUCAGUUUUAAUUAUUUUAAUGGUGGCUUUGAUUACCAGAUUGUCUUUUUGUAAAUCCAUUGUGGUAAAAAGCUACUUUUGUCGAGAUGAGUCCAUAUAUAGUUUGGCAUGUAGUGACAAUUCUAUGAAUCAUGUGAUAUCAAGACUUAAUGUGACAUUAUUUGUUUAUAUACCCUUUCUUUUGAUUGUACUGUCUUAUUUUUUUAUUGCUGGUGCACUGUCUAAAAUAGCUUCAUGGGAAGGGCGAUUUAAAGCCAUUAAGACUUGUUCUGCACACCUAAUGCUGGUGUCUUUACAUUACCUUCCAGUAAUAGGCAUGUACAUUACGUCACUAACUUCAACUUUUAAAUCUGAAGCGAGUAUAAUGAAUUUGUCAAGUGUAAAGGCCGUUACCCCCAUGCUGAACCCAAUCAUUUACGUGCUGAACACAGAAGAGGUUAGGGUAUUCUCUAAAAAACUUCUAAAAAACAAAAAAAAAAAAAAACAAAACUGCAACAGAAAUAAAAAAAAACUAAAAAAUGGAACAAAUUCAUAUUACAAGACUUUUGCUUUUAACUGUAUCACAAACUGCGAUCUGUGA